AGUUAGUCCGCAAUGGCCGGCCAAUUGGGUCGGGUGCUUCACUAUCACCUGCGCUUCUAUCAGUUGCUUGGCUUUCAUGGCCUGCCCCUUCCAGGAGAUGCACAUCCCUUGCGUACACAAAGAUGCCUGCAGAUUUGGAGCUUUUGUCUAAUGAUUUUUCUGGGCACUCUGGCCGUGUUCUGUGUGUGCAGUGAGGAUGAAUUUAUUCAUAUAGGCGAUACGUUCGGUAGUUUUAAUGAUGUCCUGAAGUAUACGGUCGGUGGAAUAGCCGUAGUGAGCAUUUAUGUAGAGACUUUGAUAUCACACAGGCACUUGGCACGUUUCUGGCGACUACAUGGAUUGUUGUCUGACCUGUUGCCAUCAUCUACAUCCACAUCAUCAUCGUGGUGGCGAGAAUUACGACAGCAUUGGCGUUAUCUAUCGUGGUUCCAUGGUCUCACUGCGAGUGAACUAGCACUGUUAGCUUUUUUUUCUUUAGGCCAGGGAACAAUACGUCGGCAUUUGGUACUCUUUUGGACAACAUUUCAACCAUUUGUUUGGCUGACUCAUAUCCGCAACAUACAAUUCGUCUUGCAUGUGGAGCUAUUGCGUCAACAACUGAAGCAAUUAGCGCACGAGUUGAAUCUACUGGCGGAAUAUUCGAAAUUUGCCAAUCGGCGUGCUAGUUUCGAGGGCUUUGAGAAUUAUCUACGCAGGCAACUAAGACAGAAGCAAUUGAUCUAUGAUAAGAUCUAUGAUAUGUACACCAGCUUCCAGGCGGCUUUUAGAUACUCAAUGUUGACGGUUCUUCUAAUGAUUGGUGUACGGAUAUCAGUUGAUUGUUACUUCAUGUACUACACAAUCUAUAACAAUAUCAAUGAUAUAGAUUACUUAUUUAUUUUACCUGCUCUCUUGGAGAUUCCUGCAUUUAUAUAUACCUCACGGGGUUGCAUGGAAAUGUUGCCCAGAAUAGCCUAUAAAUUGCAUAGCAUUACUCCCGGCCCAACUUCCUCUUCUUACCCAACUCUCUCGUUACAGAUUCAAAACUUCUCAUUGCAAAUGAUGCAUCAGCCAGUGGUUAUACAUGCUUUGGGUAUAACCAUCUUGGAUGGCUAUCUAUUGACACGUGUAAGUAUCAAUCGCACUUUCCUUAAGAAUAUCAAAAAUUUUCACAAUUUUAAUCUAAAAUUUUUAAAAAUCAGGAAUCGGAUGAUCAAAAGACAGAAAUGCCUAGGAUGGGUGUUGUGUAUGCGAACGGAGGGAGGGCAGGGAAACUAG